CAGUCCUACUGCCAGCCUCCUGGAUCCUGAGCCUUCUAGCAACUCACCAGCUCUUCUCCAAGAUAACAUGGCAAACCCCAAAGAGAAAACUCCAAUGUGUCUGGUAAAUGAGUUAGCACGUUUCAAUAGAAUUCAACCCCAGUAUAAGCUUCUGAAUGAAAGAGGGCCUGCUCAUGCCAAGAUGUUUACAGUGCAACUGACUCUUGGAGAACAGACCUGGGAGGCUGAAGGAAGCAGUAUUAAGAAGGCCCAACAUGCUGCUGCCAGCAAAGCAUUGACUGAAACCACCCUUCCCAAACCGACGCCUAGACCACCCAAAAAUAAUGUUAACAAUAAUCCAGGCAGUAUCACCCCGACAGUGGAGCUGAAUGGGCUGGCUAUGAAGAGAGGAGAACCUGCCAUCUACAGGCCGUUGGAUCCAAAGCCAAUUCCCAAUUACAGAGCUAAUUACAAUUUCCGGGGCAUGUACAAUCAGAGGUAUCACUGCCCAGUGCCUAAAAUAUUCUAUGUCCAAUUAACUGUUGGCAACAGUGAGUUUUUUGGUGAAGGAAAGACUCGUCAAGCUGCUAGACAUAAUGCUGCAAUGAAGGCCCUUCAAGCUCUCCAGAAUGAGCCUAUUCCAGAAAAAUUACCUCAGAAUGGAGAAACAGGAAAAGAAUCAGAAGAAGAUAAAGAUGCAAACAAGUCUGAGAUCAGUGUAGUGUUUGAAAUUGCUCUGAAGCGCAAUAUCCCUGUCACUUUUGAGGUGAUUAAAGAAAGCGGACCUCCUCACAUGAAGAGCUUUGUUACACGAGUCACGGUAGGAGAAUUCACUGCAGAAGGAGAAGGCAACAGCAAGAAACUCUCUAAGAAGCGUGCUGCAAUGGCUGUCCUACAAGAACUUAAGAAACUUCCUCCUCUUCCUGUGAUUGAAAAGCCAAAACCUUACUUUAAAAAACGUCCAAAAACAAUAUUGAAGACCGGACCAGAAUAUGGUCAAGGAAUGAAUCCCAUCAGUCGUCUGGCUCAGAUCCAACAGGCCAAAAAGGAGAAGGAGCCAGAGUACGUGCUCCUUUCUGAGAGGGGAAUGCCUCGCCGUCGGGAGUUUGUCAUGCAGGUGAAAGUAGGCAAUGAGAUUACUACUGGAACAGGCCCCAACAAGAAAAUAGCGAAAAGAAAUGCAGCAGAAGCAAUGUUGCUACAGCUGGGUUACAAAGCCUCUACUCCUCUUCAAGACCAGCCAGAAAAGCUUGGAGAAAACAUGAGUUGGAAUGGCCAGAAUGUUGGGUUUCCUGAGCCAACAAGUAACACACCAAAAGGAAUACUCCAUCUCUCUCCUGAUGUUUAUCAAGAGAUGGAAGCAAGCCGCAACAAGUCAGCCCCUGGCAGCACCGUAAGCUAUUUGUCACCCAAAGAAAUGAGCCAGACUCCUAGCUCUUUCUUCAGCAUAUCUCCUACAACAAACAGCACAGCCACCAUUGCCAGGGAACUUCUCAUGAAUGGAACCUCCCCAACUGCUGAAGCCAUAGGUCUAAAAGGAAUAUCGCCUGCUUCCCCUUGUUCUGCAGUGCAGCCUUCCAAACAGCUGGAGUAUUUGGCAAGGAUUCAAGGCUUUCAGGUACACUACACUGAUAGACAAAAUGGCAAAGAGUGUAUGACCUGUUUGGCACUGUCUCCUGUGCAGAUGACUUUCCAAGGUAUCGGGAGCUCCAUUGAAGCCAGCCAUGACCAGGCAGCAUUAAGUGCCUUGAAACAGUUUUCAGAACAAGGGCUGGAUCCAGUGGAAGGGGCUCUGAAAGUUGAAAAUGGAUCACAUGAAAAACAAGUCAAGCAUCUGGGAGAGAAAGCAGACAAUAAACAGACUAACUCAGGCACCACUGCUCAGGACUGCAAGGAUUCAAAGGCUGUCAUCUAG